AUGGCCAAACUACUGAAGAAGCCGCUGAAGCUCGCCUGUGCCGCGAACCUCGCCCGCGCAAGAUCAAAGGUCCUCGAAGCAACAUCCAAGGGCGCCAACGUUGUCGUCCUGCCCGAGUGCUUCAACUCGCCCUACGGCACCAAAUACUUUCCCAAAUACGCCGAGACCCUGCAGCCCUCACCACCCACAGAGGCACAAUCGCCGACCUUCCACGCCCUCUCCGCUCUGGCCAAGGAAUCCAAGUCCUACCUGAUCGGCGGCAGCAUUCCCGAGUACCUCAAAGAAACAGACAAACACUACAACACAAGUCUUGUCUUCGGCCCCGACGGUUCUUUGCUGGCCACCCACAGAAAGGUCCACCUGUUCGACAUUGACAUUCCCGGCAAGAUCAGGUUCCAAGAGAGCGAGAUUCUGAGUCCUGGAAACAAGGUCACUCUGGUCGAUUUGCCAGAGUACGGAAAGAUUGCUGUUGCCAUCUGCUACGACAUUCGCUUCCCCGAGCUGGCCAUGGUUGCCGCAAGACAGGACGCUUUCCUGCUAGUCUACCCUGGCGCCUUCAACCUCACCACUGGCGAACUGCAUUGGAAGCUUCAAGCGCGUGCCAGAGCUAUGGAUAACCAAGUCUACGUCGGUCUCUGCUCGCCCGCCAGAGAUAUGACAGCCGACUACAAUGCCUGGGGUCACAGCAUGAUCGUCAACCCGAAUGCCGAGGUUCUUGGUGAACUAGACGAAAAGGAAGACAUUGUUUAUGCUGAUCUGGACGGAGAGACUAUCGAGCAAACGAGAAAAGGCAUUCCCAUAUAUACCCAGAGAAGAUUCGACGUAUAUCCGGAUGUCAGCAAGGGCGAUGUCAAGUACGAAGAGUAA